GUGAUACAACAUCAAUCAAAACGUACCGAUACAGAUUGGUUAAGGCAGGUAUAGCAAGACUUCGGCUAGCGCAUGCGCAAUUGAACAGCGCGUCAAACUGUUCCUGCUCGCCCAACUGCUCGCAUAGCAAGUGUAAGAUGUCAUCUGGAAGUGCUGGAGCCAUAUCGAAUGUUUUGUUAUCGUUGGUGCCGACGGCGUACGUCGUCCGGGCCCUCGCGCAGUGUGGUGCACAACGUCACGAGGAACAGCGCUUAGCCGCUUUCGGUUUGCGCGCCUUCCGCACGCACAUGCCUCGACCCGCCAACACCUUCCAUCCAAUUGGGACACUGAAUAAUAACGGUAUAUGCUAUCACCAUGAUACGCGAUGGUCGUGCUCAACUUCACCCUCACGCCUGAGGCAGCGUCCAAAAUUCAUGACCUGCUCGUCUGCCUAGGAAAAUUCAGCGACACGGUCGCCAUUGAGUCGCGUCGCGAACGACUCGUCUUCACCGCUCUCAAUUCUUCCAAAUCCGCCUAUGCCGCCUUGACGCUCGACGGGAAGCAGUUCUUUUCCACUUACGAGUGUAUACCCAGUCAUGGCGGUCCCGAAGGACGUUUCACGUGCAGCAUGUACACCAAAGCUCUUCUCUCGGUCUUCAAAGGGCGUUUGUAUGAUCCUCUAGGCCGAGACGGUGCAAUCGACAGGUGCGAGGUGAGCGUGCAAGAUCGCGCAGAUGAGACGCAAUGUCGCUUUAUAGUCAAAAUGGUUUGCAACCAGGGAGUCAUCAAGACCUACAAACUCACCUACGAAGCUGUGGAUGUCAUGCACGCCCUAUUCGACCGCAACGCGGCGGUAAAUCGUUGGAGCAUGAACGCAGGCGCCAUGAAAGAAUACAUCGAGUUCUUCGGCACCAAGACAGAGAUGCUAGAUGUCUUCGCCGGGGAUGAUGGGCGCGCUGUGUUCAAGAGCUAUACAGAGAAGAUUGCGAAUGGCAAAGAGAUCUUGAAGCAUCCACUCGUAACCGCCGUUGCUGUCAACACAUCCGACUUCGAAGAGUUCAAGGUCCAGCCCGGGCUACACAUCGUCAUCAGCGUGAAGGACUUCAAGGCGAUUGUCAUACACGCUGACACGCUUAAAACUAGUUUGAAGGCAUAUUAUUCGCAACCCACACGUCCACUACAGUUCAGUUACGGCUCUGACGGUCUGCUCUGCGAGUUCACGCUCAUGACAUCAGGAGACUACAAUGGGGGAACUGCCCCGCCGACACCCGCUCCUGUUGCUCCCCAAAUUGCAAGCCGCGUCGCAUCUCGCGCUAUAUCUGCAGCUGCCCCGGAUGCUCGUGACAAUCGCAGCAUGCCACCGCCUGUGGAACCAGCCUCUCGACGGUCCACUCGACGCCAAGUAGGCUCCCGCCAGCCAUCGUCGCCAACCCGGCUGCAAGACGAUCCAGAGUCUCUAUUCGUGAAUCAAGGUGAAGAAGAAGAUACCCAGUGGGAGCCUGUGGACUACAAUAACAACGAAGAAGAGGCCCUUGGCUGGGAUGCCAGCGCGGACCGAAACACUGGGAAUUUCGCGACUUUCCAGGACAGUGGAAGCUUCUCGAGGUCGGAGGGAGUGCAGGGGAACGCGGAUAGUAUGGAAGGCAUUGCGCCUACGCAACGCGUAUCGCAGAUCAAGGGCUUGUGGUAGGCGUUGACGUACGCAACGCAAAGCGAACAGAACAUGGAAGAGAGUGGCAGAUAUUUCGUGUUAUCCAUCGCGCACACAGUGCAGUCACUUUCUACACCCAUAUAUCAGCUAGGAAAACCACGAAAUGCUAUUGUCUCGAAGGAAUAUAUUGAUGGUAGAUAGUUUACAAAUACUGCCGCCAAUGUGAGCAGACC